AUGACGGCGCCCAGCUGCCACAGAAGAGGGAGACGCAGCGCUGCGGGUCCGGCAGCACGGCUGCGGAUCCCGGCUCUCCGGAUCGCGCGUGGCGGCUGUGUUGCGGGGCGCAGGGGGAGGGGCGGGAGGCGCUGUCACGCGCUCUCUGCCCCUGUCCUGAGCUGCGCCAAGCGCCCCUCCGGAACCCCGAGCCACUGCCACCGGGGCGCGGGGCCGCCGGGAGGGCGCGGUGUGUGCAUCCGCGAGUUCCGCGCUGCGGAGCAGGAGGCGGCGCGCCGCAUCUUCUACGACGGCAUCAUGGAGCGCAUCCCGAACACGGCCUUUCGCGGCCUGCGGCAGCACCCGCGCACGCAGCUGCUCUACGCCCUGCUGCAUGCACUCUGCUUCGCGGUGACCCGCUCGCUGCUGCUGACCUGCCUGGUGCCAGUCGGGCUGCUGGGUCUGCGCUAUUACUACAGCCGCAAGGUGAUCCUUGCCUACCUCGAGUGCGCACUGCACACGGACAUGGCGGACAUCGAGCAGUACUACAUGAAACCACCCGGCUCCUGCUUCUGGGUGGCCGUGCUGGAUGGCAACGUGGUGGGCAUCGUGGCUGCUCGGGCCCAUGAGGAGGACAACACGGUGGAGCUGUUGCGCAUGUCUGUGGACUCGCGCUUCCGUGGCAAGGGCAUUGCCAAGGCGCUGGGCCGGAAGGUGCUGGAGUUCGCCAUGGUGCACAACUACUCUGCAGUGGUGUUGGGCACAACGGCCGUCAAGGUGGCUGCCCACAAGCUCUACGAGUCGCUGGGCUUCAGACACAUGGGCGCGAGUGAUCACUACGUGCUGCCUGGCAUGACCCUCUCGCUGGCCGAGCGCCUGUUCUUCCAGGUCCGCUACCACCGCUACCGCCUGCAGCUGCGCGAGGAGUGACUGCCGGCACUCACCCACCCACCACCCCGGCCGCCCCUGUCCGCCUGUGCUCGCCUGCCCGCCCGGUGCAGCCCUGCUUUCAGACACUCACCUUGGCGUUUGUCUUGGGUUUUCCUUUUCCAACAUCAUGCGGUUAGCUGGCUGGUUCUUCAGAGGGGUGCAGGGCUGUCAAUCAUCUGCAACACUUUGGUGGGGGUGGGUCAUUUACAGUCACAGCCCCUCACCUUUCCCAGCCUGCCGGGGCAGCUUGGCACGUCUUGAAGAGCGGCGCCGUGGACCACUGUGGCUGUCCACGAAGCUCCUCAGCCCACCACCAUCAGGGAAGGCUCAGCCUUGCCCACCAAGCACACAACCUCUGCAGUGAAGCCCCCUGGGAGCAGACCCCUGACCCCUGCCAGGCUAUGGCUCGGCCGUUGUCCCUGGAAGUGUGGCCUGCUAGACCAGCUGGCUGCUGCCCCACGGGACGCCAAGCUGGACACGGGCCUCGCUUUGCACUGUGCAUGCUGAGGAUGUGGCCUCGCCGCAGCAUGCCGCAUGCCCAUAGCCUCCCACCCACUGCCCUGCCCAGACUGGACCCCGAGACCAUGGCUGGUGAGCGCCCUGCCCUGGCCCUGAGCUAGCCACGGUAGGGUCUGCCCUGCCGCCCACCCCACCUGCUCUCUGGAGGGGUCUGGACUGCUGCCCUUGGCUUCAUCCACUUCCGCUUUGCUUUGACAUUAUGUCACCUUUCUUUCCUUUUGGUUCCUGCUCCCUCCCCUGCCCGGGCUUGGCUGAUUGGCGUCAUCACCCAGGUGUGGUUUCCGUAGCAACUUAUUGCACAGCCAUGGUGGGAUCCAUGGGGGGACAUCCCUCCCUCAGAGCCUGCUAGAGCACAGCGGCCUCUUCUAGACAUCCCCGAGGCCCUCCUGCCUCCUGGCUGGCGGGGUCUGCCCUGUGAAUCUUACUAACCCAGGCCGCUGCCAACAAUGCCGAGCCCACAGCUUCUCCCAGCCUGAAAACAACCCAUUUUCUAAUAAGUUAUUUAGACAGAAUAGCACUCUGCAUGACUUUAAUUCUUGGGACAAAAUGGUAGUUUAUACCUUAAGACACACACAUCUGUGUGGUGCUAGAAUAUGCACUAUUUCUGGCCCAGUGUGAGGGGGGUGGGUGGCCGGGUGGGUGGAGGUUCACAGUUUGAAAUCUGGAGGGAGACCCUGAUUUAGCAUAAUUUUCCCCCCAACAAGCAUUCCUGGUUUGCACGGAGCCUCCAGCCGCUCCUUUCCAGCCCCGGCCUGCAAGGCUGAGGGGAUGGAUCCAGUCUGUGGCCCCCGGAGAAGUGGAACCCAGGUCCUCUUCUCGUGAGAGGAGGGAGUGGUUCAUGCUGUCCCAUGGCCACUAGGCUCAGGUCAGGCCAGCUGUGCUUCUGGCCUUUCCUUAAGGUUGGAUGCAGGGGUUGUCCCGAGCAUGAGUUGGCCUGGGGAAGGGGGAGCAAGGCGGUGGUCGGCAGCAGCUGCAUGUCCAGCCGUGAGCCUGGGGCUGCUUUUGGCGGCAGGAGGGUCAUGAGCACCCACCCAGACCCCUGUGUGUGGAGGAGAAUUGGGGAAGGAAGGAGUGGCAGACAGGGCAGCUGGUCCCAGUCACCAAGGCCACGUGUGGGGCCACAGAGGGAUGUCCUUUAAAAGGCACUUCAGAAAUGAAGGAAUGGAGCAGCCCAACUUCCGAGGGGCCUUUUGUCCUGUUAGCAAUUGAGGUAUUUGCAGAACACUGUACAGACCCCUGCUCCCUGUACAUUUCUCCCUGGUGGCGCCCGGUCCCUGCUCGGGGAUGGGAGUUUUGUAGACUGUACAGAAAUUGGCCCCUAUUUUCUUGCAGCUCUCAGAUUUUGUUAAUCUGGAUUAUACAGACAGACGUAAAGUGUUUUAGCAAAACAGAAAACAAACAGUUGUGCCUUUUUCCUCUUUCUGUUUGGUCUGGUUUCGGCUUGGGGCUGGUCUUAGUUGGUGUGGGCCACGUCGGGAGCUGCUGGCGGGCCAAGUGGGAGGCAGUGUCAAGGGGACGUGUCUUGUUCCGUGGGGAGCUGGGGAUGCUAUUGAUCCUGUGCCUUUGGAGCCUCCAGUCCCUGGAGUGGGGAGUGUGUGGGACCUUGGAACCCACUGAGGUUAGGGCAGAGCCUAGAGGCCCUGGGGCUGCCAGGGUCUGCUUGACAUUGUUCUGGGGUGGGCUCAUGAUGCCCACCCAACUCCCUGGGGCUCAGUGUCCUAGGGCAGUGGUGGGGCCCUCUCCUGUUCUCGUGGUAUCUGUCUGCUCACAAGGGAUCUCUUCCCCAACCACAGGGCCCAGUGGUAAUGGGAUGGUUGCUGGACUCUUGACUGUUCUUUGCUGCCCUUUUGUUGCUGCCAGGACUUGGAAGAGAUGCUAGAAGGGGAGUAGCAGGGCUUGGACCCUGCUGUUUGUCCACUGAGCUGGGCAGAGGCACCAACGUGCCCACCAGGCUGGGCCUGAGCUGCCCCAGGCUGGAGCCCUCACCAGGCCAGUGUGCACCUCAGACGGGCCCCUGAAGGCCCCUAGGGGCAGAUCUCCUGUCCUCCCCCUGAGUUGGAGGCUGGUCGUGGGCCUGCCUGGCUCACCUCCCCCCUCCAGCCUGGGAGCUGAUUGCUCCACAAAUGUGCACUGACAAGAAUUUUAUAUGUUUGUAGAAAUUCUGAUGUUACUUAUUCUACCUCUGUGAAGCACCCUCCUGGGGUCCUGCCGUCCUGUGUCUGGUGCAGCUUCUCUGAGUUCACUAGCCCUGGGCCCUUUCCUCUUUCCUGCUGGCCCUCUGGCCUCCCCCAUGGGGCCCAGCACUGUGCUCAGGGGUCUGGGGCCCCCAGGGUUUCUGUUGUUUGUUUGGAAGCCUCUGUUUUUAGAGCGGGGAGGGUGGAGGCUGGGAGGUAGGAUGCUUUAGGACGUCAUUUGUCAGCAGAGGAGGCUGCAGCACUGACCUGACAAGCAGCUCCAGGCAGCUGAGGGCCCCCGUGUCUCUGGAUGGCCCAGUGCUGCCAGGGUCCUGAGGUCUCACUGAUGGGCAGUGGGCCUCUGCAGGCGGCUGGGCCCUGAGGAUGAGCGGCCAGGGUAGGUGACCUACAUGUGCUGAGGCUACCAUGUGGUCUGGCCCUGGGAAGGGCCAGGGUGGGCUGGGCUCCUAAGUGUGUAGGGGCUGACACCCACAGCUGUGGCAGCAUCUCCCCACUUUCCCCACCCCCACCCAGGCUUGUUUCCCACUGGCAUCUGCCCUGGGCUGGGAGGCCCCAUGGGCUGCAGCCUGAGGCCAUCCUGUUCUGAGUGUUCUUAGAGGAGGAGAGAAGUCUGCAGGGGUUGGGGCUGGGGUUGAGCUGUCUGGUGGGUGCUGGGAAGUUUUCUGGGCUGUAAGGGCCUGAGUUCUGUCACACCUGCGCCAGCACACCCGCCCCAGCCCUCACUGGAGCUGGCUUCCAGGGCUGUGUCUGUGGUCAAAGGCCAGGAACUAGGGUUUCUGGGCUUUGCUGGACUGUGGGGCUCCUUGGGAGGUCAGAGGUGGCUCCCCAGCCAGCACAGGGCUGUGGCAGACAAGGCUGCCCAUGCCCAGGGAGGGAGGAGCCGCACGUCCUGUUACCUGCUGACACGCCGUGUCUGUCCAGAAGCCUCUUCUCUGAAUCUGCUUUGACCACAAACCCAUGUUCUUUGGCUGAAGCUAUUGGGGUUUGCAUUCUGGGCUGGGGUGGGCAGACCCUGGACUGUGUCUCUCCUUGGUGCUGCUGCUACCAUGCUUCCAGUGCGGGUGUGACGUCUAUGAAGGGUGGGCAGUGGGACGCACAGAGCCACCCAGAGCCUGGGGUGAAGGAGAUGAGCC